GUCAAUCAUCUUCUUCUUCGUCAGCCUCCCUUCCACCGCCAUAUUGGGCAACUAAAAAAGGCGGGGGGGCUCCUGCUUUCGGGGUGUUUUUCUCCCCUUCGUCCCUUGUCCCUACUCACUCGCGGCUCCGGGACUCGCGCGGCGGCAAGGUUUGGAGAGGGGCUGCGUUCGCGCGACCCACGGGCUCGCCCCAGCCUACACUCCGACUGUUCGCCACCUCCUCUUGCCUCCUCCCCUCCCUUCCCCGCCCUCCAGUACACUUGAUCACUGAGCCUCGAGCUGCGCGGCCGGGGCGUCCCUGCGCUCUCUCCCCCAGACCUGCGCGCUCCUGCGGCUCGAGCGGUCGCUCGCCCGACUCCGCUCCACUUGACUCCUCGGGUGCAGUCGCAGAACUUCAAAGAGGGGUUCGCGCUGCGACCGGGGCGUUUCGCUUUUGUUCGGCUUUGUUGUUUAUUUCGUUUUACUAUUAUUAUUAUUUUUUUCGGAGAGCGCGAGCGGAGGCGGUGGUCCACACCCGCCCGGGGAGGAAGAUGUCAAACGUACGAGUAUCUAACGGGAGCCCGAGCCUGGAGAGGAUGGACGCUAGACAAGCGGAGCACCCCAAGCCCUCCGCCUGCAGAAACCUCUUCGGCCCGGUCAAUCACGAAGAGCUAACCCGGGACUUGGAGAAGCACUGCCGAGAUAUGGAAGAAGCGAGUCAGCGCAAGUGGAAUUUCGACUUUCAGAAUCACAAGCCCCUGGAGGGCAGAUACGAGUGGCAGGAGGUGGAGAAGGGCAGCUUGCCGGAGUUCUACUACAGACCCCCGCGCCCCCCCAAGGGCGCCUGCAAGGUGCCGGCGCAGGAGAGCCAGGAUAUCAACGGGAGCCGCCAGGCGCUGCCUCUAAUUGCGUCUCAGGCAAACUCUGAGGACCGGCAUUUGGCGGACCAAAUGCCUAACCCGUCAGACAGUCCAGCGGGGUUAGCGGAGCAGUGCCCAGGGAUGAGGAAGCGACCUGCCGCAGACGAUUCUUCUUCGCAAAACAAAAGGACCAACAGAACAGAAGAAAAUGUUUCAGACGGUUCCCUGAACGCCGGCUCUGUGGAGCAGACGCCCAAGAAGCCCGGCCUCCGAAGACACCAGACGUAAACCGCUCUCCGAAUUAAGAAUAUUUCCUUGUUUAUUUGAUACAUCACUGCUUUAUGAAGCAAGGAAGAUAUACAUGAAACGAUUUAAAUACAUAUCGCUGACUCCAUGGAAUGGACAUCCUGUAUAAGCACUGAGAAAGCAACAACAUAAUAACACUAAACAUUUUAGGCACUCUUAAACCAUCUGCCUCUAAAAGCCUUGGAUGUAGCAUUGCGCAAUUAGGUUUUUCCUUAUUUGCUUCAUUGUACUACCUGUGUAUAUAGUUUUUAUCUUUACUAUGUAGCACAUAAACAUUAGGGAUGGGAGGGGAGGGUGGGGCUGAGGAAUCGGCAUCGGUGGGGGGUGUGUGAAGAACUUGCUUCAAUUUGUAGCAAGGAGAAAAAUAUUUGACUUGCAUGAAGAGAAGCAACUUGGGUGGGGGAAGGGUUUAAAUUGCUUUCUUUAAAGAUGUAGUGUCCCUUUCAGUAAGAACUGAUCCUUUAUUUUAAAAUAAUCAAAAUUUGAAUAAUUGCUACAUAUAGUUGCUAUUUAUUUUUACAUGAAACUUAUUCUCAUUUGGGAGUUCUGAAGAUUCUGUUAUGUAGCAACAAAUGGCUUAAAAAAAAAAACAAAAACUACUUUUUGUUUUUCUUCUCCCUUAAAAUUGGAAUUUACCAGUUAAUUAUUUAGCAGUAAUCACUCCAGGUAAUACUGGGCAAAAAUCUGGGAUGCAUGACAGGAAAUUCUGAACUCUUAGAAUUGAUCAUUUCACAUCAGAUUUGUUGAGAAAAUGUCUUCGUUUUCUUCUCGUUUGAGCUGUGUAGACAGUGAAAAGAGCCCUAAAUCCCUGGAUAUUUUUAGAAGUCUGUAACUUUACACAAAUAAUGAAAUAAUUUUUAGUUCAAAGUUUCUCAUCCUGCUUGUUAAUUUGCCCCAAGGAAAGUGCUGUUUUUAAAGGAAAAAAAGGAAUGUGCUUUUAGGAAAAGCACACUUGUAGAAUAAGUGAAAUGGAUACCACAUCUUUAAACAGUGUUUCUUCAUUGCCUGUGUAUGAGAAAACCUUUGAAGUGUGCCUGUGUAUAUAACUCUGUAAAGACACUGAAAAUUAUACUAACUUAUUUAUGUUAAAAAGAGAUUUUUUUUUUUAAUCUAGACAAUAUACAAGCCAAAGUGGCAUGUUUGUGCAUUUGUAAAUGCUGUAUUGGGUAGACUAGCCCCCCCCCUUUUGUUAAAUAAUAUGGCUAUGCUCAAAAGGUUGCAUACUGAGCCAAGUAUAAUUUUUGUAAUGUGUGAAAAAGAUGCCAAUUAUUGUUACACAUCAAGCAAUCAAUAAAGAUAACUUCCGUAGCUAUUCA